AUGGGAACCCACCGCCCGCUCAGGCGCAGGAGCCGCAGCCCCAGCCGGUGCUGCCGCCCGCCGCCGGCUGCCCGCUGCCCGCCCGCCCGCUUCGGGCUCUCCCAGCGGGGCGGUAGGGGAGCCGGGCUGCAGGAAGGGAGAGAGCAGAUGCGGCCUCCGAGCCGAAGCGGGUCCCGCAUGACCUGAACCGAGGCCCCUAAGCCGCCGCAGCGACCGCGAGGAACGAGGACAAGCGCGAAGCAGCGCCCUCCUGGCCCCGGACCGCGCGCUCCGGCCCUUCUCCCAGACACGGACGGCACGGUCCGCCCCGACCCCAGCGCCGCGCGGUCUCAGCCCAGCCGGCGACCUCAGAGCCUCCGCAACCUCCGCGGGCCCCGAAGCUCUUCGCCUUCGCCGCCGCCGCAGCCGCAGCCGCCGCCCCCGCCCCCGCCGCAGCCGCCGCAGCCGCCCGCACCUCUGCCACCGCCUCUGCCCCCGCUCCGUCCGCGACCCAAGCCCAGGCCCCGACCCCAGCCGCGACGCCGCCCUCGGCCCCGCCAACCUCGGCCGCGGCCCGCGCCCCGGCCCCGGAGGCCCAGCCGUGGGUACGAUGCUGCCCAGCUCCAUCCAGAUUUCGGGGGAACCGCUGUCAGGCGCCGAGGUGCGGGACAUCUGCCGCGGCCUGCGCGACAACGCCGUGCGCCUGCUCUCACUGCGCGGCUGCCGCCUCUGCGACCGCGACUUCGGCCGCAUCUGCCGGGCCCUGGCCGGGGCCACGUCCCUGGCGCAGCUCAACCUUAACCUAGGCGUCGUGUCCAGUCCCAGCCGCAUCAAGCAGCUGGCAGAGGCGCUGCGGACCAACCGCUCCAUCCAGUCCCUCUUCCUACAUGGGAGUCCCCUGACAGAUGCAGGGCUGGCCUUGCUGAACCCAGCCCUGGCCCUCCACCCUGCCCUUGUGGCUCUGGACCUGGGGGACUGCAUGCUGGGUGAUGAAGCCAUCAACCUCAUCUGUGGCCUCCUCCCCCCAGAUGGAGCCAAGUCAGGCUUGAAGGAGCUAACGCUGAGUGCCAACCCUGGCAUCACCCCUAAGGGCUGGAGCCGCCUCGCGAUUGCUGUGGCCCACAGCUCCCAGGUCCGCGUCCUCAAUCUGGACUACAACCCCCUGGGUGACCAUGUGGCAGGGAUGCUGGCUGUAGCUGUGGCCUCCAGCCGCACCUUAGAAGUCCUAGACUUGGAGGGCACAGGGCUCACCAACCAGUCAGCUCAGACCCUGCUGGACAUGGUAGAAAAUUACCCCACAGCUUUGCGGAGCCUGGUGUUGGCUGAGAACAGCAUUAGCCCAGAGCUGCAGCAACAGAUCUGUGACCUCCUCUCAGAGGGAGAGGAGGAGGAGGAGGUGGCGGGAGGGGCUGGCGACACCCAGGAACGAGAGAGAGGGCGGGAGCCUGCUGCCCACCAGAGGAGCAGCAGCUCCUGGAUGUGCCCCAGUGAUCCCAGCUCUCAGAUGGUGCUCAUGACUUCAGGACUCGGUGACAGUCUGUUGGCUGAGACCGAGAUGUGACUCUCCACUUGGGCUUCUGCACAUCAUUACAUUUUGUCUAUGUCCCCAGCACCUUGUCCCAAAUAUCAGGGUCAGGCCCUGGGGCCUGGGAGGGAGGGAAGGGGGGGGUGGCUGGGGCUCUGGUAGCUCCCGGCAGUGGUGGGAAGCUCUGGAAGCUGACUGAGCAACAGCCUCGGGGGCACUUGAACCCAAGGCAACGCCUCUGGACUUGUUGGCAGCUCUGGCUGCAACCCGCUGGCUCGGAAGAGAUUUUAUUAACUCUA